ACAUCUCCCCUCGUUUACCCUCCAACUUACCCAGUGGGUAGUCUAGAGGAGAGCUGCGAGGAGAGAGCAGAUUUGUUCUUCAUCUCAGACAGUCGGACGUACUUUUUUUUUUAUCGUUUAAAAUGAUUACUAACGCAGUUUACUACAGUGUUCUACUUUUGCUGUUCUUAAUAGUAAGUGUCGUGAAAAUCAGUGUUUUUUGGCAACCAUCUCGUCUACCAGUUCACCCAACUGCAAUGUCGUAAAUCGUAAAUAGAACUGAUAAAAAGAGGGAUUUCUUUCCUUUAGAAGAGGGUUUUAUGGAAAUAAGAAAGAGACGUUUAAAACGAAGCAAAGAACUACUAUUAAAAUUAGAAAAUUCCUUACAACAGAAUAGUGAAAUAUUUAAAAAUACUAUUUUACCCACUUUUAGGAAGAAUUUAGAAAUAGAAAAUUCGGGGAUGUUACCUUCUAAAAUUGUAAAGACUAAAAAUAUCGAAAGGGGUUCGGGACUGUCUACGAACCUUUUGCAAUUAGUACAACCAGUUGAGAAAUUCGAUGCUUACUUCCGUGAUAUUGAAAAUUCGGGUAUAAGAUCGGGUUUCGUGGAAAGCUCGGGCACUUCAGGAUUCGGUCAGGAUUAUUCAGGAAGCGCUUCGUCCGGUUUAGAGUUUUCUGGUGUUGGAUCAACUAGAGAACAGGAAGAAAGUGGGUCGGGUGGUUUCCCAUUCGAAACCUCUCCCUCUUAUAAAACUGUAAAUAGUUACGACCUUCAGAGCACUGAAACUAUAGGGGAGGAUCAUGUGCUUAGUACAAACGUUUUGGAAGCUGAUGCCACUACUAACGAAACGAUUCGCUCAACGAUUCAGGUAACCAGCAGCGAAGAAAGUACACUUAUAAGUACUUCUAUUGGUGUUAUAAAAGAGUCUAGUAUAGAAAGUGGUACCACAGAAAAUCUCCCGUAUUCUAGCGAGUUGGAAGCCGAGUUUUCUGAAACGACAGAAUCGCCUGAUUCUGAUGAUUUACAGACACCUAAACUGCAGGAUACAGGGAACACGUACGAAACUUCGGAAGUAACUGAAAAAAUUCCAUUUUCGACUGCAUCUGUAACUGAUUCGGACCCGAAAACAUCAACUUCUAGUGAAGAAAUUGUUACUUCAGAGACUAUCAGUUCGACUGCUUUAAAUGUAAUUGAAAAUUUCACGUCGUCCAUGUUGGACGAUAUGAAAGACCGACAUUGUUCUUCAACAGUUCAAUGCGAUGUUCAACUUAAUGAAAGGUGUGUCAACGAAGAAGGAACGGGUGCUUGUCAAUGUGGAAAGUCAUUCAUUAGGAACGUUGAAACCAGAAUGUGCGAAGCUAAAAUAGCCUUUGUGGGAAUGCUUCUAUGUCCCGAGCAGCCAUACUUCUCAGAGCUCGAUAAUCCUACUUCGAAUACAUUCCAAAACAUGAUGAAAGCGGCCGAAAUUACCUUGAAACUGAUCUUGGAUAACUCCGAAAAAUUAUCCGUGGAAGAAAUGCAAAUUCGAGUGGUGAAAUUUCAUCGAGGAAGCUUAAUCAUUGAAUGGCAAUUAACAAUUCCCGAAUCUAAACGAAAUGGAAGCUUAGAAAUGAUGGCCGUCGAUUUCGAAGACGAUUUCAGUCACGCUCUACAGCUUGUUGAUGAUUCGCCCAUUAACAUAAACAAUGCGACUUUUCUAAAUAUAUCUUCAGAAGUGGAUCCUUGUGAGAAUGCAGAAUUAAACCAUUGCAGUAAGAAUGCCGUGUGUGUGCUUAAUAACAAAUCCAAUGGAUACGAAUGCAUUUGUAAAAAUAAUUACAUCGAUGUUUCGCCUUCACCCAUAAGUUAUUCAGGAGAAAUAUGUGAAGCCAUAUGUCCAGAAGGAUAUUGUAAAAAUAAUGGAAAGUGCCACGUCGUUCAAAAUAAACCAGUUUGCAAGUGCCAAAGUUUGUAUAUGGGAAUCUACUGUCAAAUUUCUGGAUUGGUUUUAGGAUCGUCAUGUGGUGGUAUCAUCGCCGUAGCAUUUGUAAUUUUAAUCAUCAGUGGGAAAUUUCAUCAGAGGAAAAAGUUAAUUCAUUAUAAAGACUACAAAUUAAAGGAUGAUCUUAAAAGUAAUGGCAGCACAGAAAAGUCCAUAGAGUUAAAACGUCAUCAAUUUCAUGAAGAAAAAUUGCAAUUUAUCAGUAGUACCGUUUGAAGAAAGGACUGAUCCCUGAUCUCAGAAGAAAGAAGCAAGUCUGUUGCUCCUGAAAAACCCCUUUUUUUAAAACUUGAAAUUCGUGUUUAUUAAUUGUUCUUUUCAUCACAUUCACUUUUGUAAAUGUUGUUUUUGUAAAUAAUCUUAAUAAAUUUAUUUUCUGAUUGUGAUAUUUUAAGAUGUACAUAAAGAAUUUUU